AUGUCGGUGUUCAUGCCGCCUGAGCGAGCCGCGGAGCUGCGGCUGUCGAAGGCGUUUGUGUCUUUCUUGAGGGGUUGCCUGCGGUACGAGCCGGAGAAGAGGAUGACGGCGCAGGAGAUGCUCAAGCACCCCUUCCUACAGGUGCCCCCUUCCGAGAGAGGGAUCUCGCUAGCUCAAGCCGGGGGCGGGGCGGUGGCCAUCCGAGAUAACAGACGGGAAGAAGUCCUCCUCCCCAACGGAGAAAAGAAACAGUCGCCCAAGGUGGCUUUGGCCUCUUGUAGGUUGUUUUCUUGGUUUUGA